AUGGCGGACAGCCGCGUGGCGAGAAGCUGCGCGGCAAAGGCAGCAGGACGGGUGGGGUUCGUCGGUCGCCCGACCUCCGUCAGGUUCAACACGCUGAGUGAGGGGUCCGCAGCCCCCGCGCAGGAGAUGUUGGCAGGGGCUGCGAAGGCCCUGGCGGGCCUGAAGAGCCUCUAUGUCUUGCCACGCACGCUUUGGAUCGCUUUCGGCAUCUACUUUGUGCUGGGCUUCCUGAAUGUUUCCAGCAUGAAGCUCUACCUUCCGCUGCUGCGGAGCCUGGUGGUUUGUGAUGCCCCCGUCAGGGAGGGGCUCUACUCGGGCUCCCUCCGCUGCGGGGACUUUGCGGAGGUCAUCUCCGUGUCGCUGCAGCAGGAGGCCUGGCUGGUGGGGGUGAAGCUGCUGUGCCGCAUGGUCUCGGGCCCCAUCCUUGGGGCGCUCUGCGACUCCCACGGCCGCAAGCCGGUGCUGCUGCUCAGCGUGGCAGGUUUCACGCUGGCCUCGUGGCUCAUUGCCCUGGCGGUGACGCAGGACCUCAUCCCCCCCAUCGCGAUCUUGACCUUCGCGCUGGCAGUGCAAGGCUUGACCACCGCCUUUAAGCUUUGCUUCAACUCCAUGAUUGCCGACUUGCUGGACAAAGAGCAACUCCAGAAGGGCUUCGUUGUGUUGAACCACGUGGACGUGUUGAGCCGCGGCCUCUCCUUGUGCUUCGUGAUUUGGAUCCAGAAGGUGCAGUUCAUGCACUUCGGCUUCCUGUGCUCGAUGGCUGGCAGCCUGGGGGUCGUGGUACUCCUCCUGUGCCACCGACUGCUGCCGGAGACCUUGACCUCGUCCAACGGCGACGGCCCAAAGGGCAUGGCAAAGGACAUGUCUCUGCCAGGCUUGCUGCGGAGCAGCUUCGCGGAGCUCCAGGCACCCUUCGACCUGCUCUGGAAGAGUCGAUUCCUGCAGAUCCGGCUGCUGCAGAUGCUGCUGUUGCAGCUGGGAAACGGCUGGGAGUCCGUGCAGGAUUCCUUUGUGAUCUCCAUCCUGGGCUGGGGCCCGGGGGACUGGGAUCUCUUCAACGUGCCCAUCAGCAGCUUCCGGGAGGUCUGGGGCAUCGUGACCAGCGGCUUCAUGCUGCACUGGGCCAACAAGGAGGAGAACCGCUUCCUCUACGUCCAGGCGAAUGUCGUCUUCGGCUCCGCGAUGCUUCUGGUCCAGAGCUUCGCGCCCUUCGGCGCCUUCUUCCUGCUGAUGCCCAGGUGCUUGCUGGCGCUUUGGCCGGGCGACGGGGGCGCGGACGCUGCCUUCUUCAGCCUCCAGUUCCCCCGCCAGGCGCAGGCAUCUGCCAACGGCCUCCUCAUUGCCACGGACAACAUCUCCUCGGGCCUGGCGCGCUGGAUCUUUGCGCGCUGGUUCUUCGACCCUUCCGCCAGCGGCUGGCGGGCGACGCUGCCGCUCUGGGCUAGGACGAUCUUUACGCUCCUCUCGAAUGCUCUUUGCUUGUACUCCUGGUGGCGAUACUCUCACACGAGGUCCCACAUCCGCUGGUCGAGUUUUGCGAGCGAAAAGAAAAAGCGGGCGCGAGCGUACGGGGAGCUCUCUAUGGGCGACCCCAAGAUGCAAGUCCAGACGCGAGUGGUGCAGAUUCGCGAGCCGGGCCCCAAGAUGGGCGACAGGUGCAAUGGUGCGUGCAGAGCGCUGACCUACCUGCAGCCUGCCCACGCGGCCGCGGAACCGGACCAGUAUGCGUUGAUGGUCUACGAGCUGUCGCGCCUUACAGUCUUUAUGCAGUCCCUGCGGAACAUCCAGCAGCAGCUGGUCCGAUCCUUUGGGGAGGAGGCGGCAAGCAGCAGCGGCAUCGUGGUGAAAUGCCCGCGGAGCACUGCCCGCGAGGGACGUGAUGCACGGGGCCCCAAAGCAUCUGACUUGCUGAAGCCGCAACUUGAUCGGUUGGCGCCUCCCUUGUCGCAGCUGCGCACCCUCGAGGGAGCCGAGGCCUUGGUGCGCAAUGCGCUCAUGACGGGCCGUAUCUCCUCGGCCCUGAACCUCCUGCACGAGCUCCAGCGAGAAGCUGAUGGAAGUGAAGGCAGCAUCUUCGAGGACUUCCGUGUGACCGCUGGAAGGUUGGCCUACCAGUUGGUGUGCAACCAGCAGCUUGAUUUCCUCUUCGUAGCGAUGCACAUGCUUCGCAACGUAGGAGAGAGCGUGAACCGCUUCUUCAAGGCGGUGGCCUUCCAUACCUCGAAGCGCCUGGUGCGGCGCCGCCUGCUGCGCCAUGUGCAGCACAUGCGGCGGCUCACGAGGGAAGAGCAGUCCUUGAUCUGCCUGGUGAACCUAUUGGAGAGGCUCUACACCAAUCCCUGCUACACCACCGAGUUCAAUCGGAUGACCACGGGGCUCACCACCGGGCAGUACCCCCAGCGCGCCCACAGCGAGUCGGUGCCUCCCUUCUGCACGUGGCCCGCGGGCGGGCAGCCCAUGCUACUGGUGGGUCUCGUUUGCGACGGCGCCAUCGGCGGACACAUCGCAGCGGGCCGUCGAGCUGCAGAGCAGAGCACUGGAGAGGCAGGAAGAGACGUCACGGUACACUGGGUGAACCAACGCGGCCCUCAGUUCUUCGAGCAGCAGACAAGCCUUCGGGAGCUGCCGAUGGCUCAACGCAUGCCGCUGGAGCUCUAUGACAUGUGGAGCGGCUACCAGACGCCGGCCAUGGCGGCGAUGCUGGAGAUGCCAACAGAAGCUCGGCGCGCCUGGCAGGCCAUGCCCUGCGGCGACGUGGAAGACUUGGAUGCAACCCCCGUGCUUGGCCUUUCGAACUUUCACAAAGGCUCCAACGUCACACAGGACGUCCAUGGCUCGGACGAGAUUGCGGACAUGCGGGAGCAGGCGGAUGGCGAGGGCGACAGCGAAAUGCUGAACAGCUUGGAAUCCGCGCGACUGGUGAAAGCAAGUUGCCGACUCUGCCGUCUCGAGGGGCCUCAAGAUGAUCACGACACGGUGUCGCCCGCACAUCCAAACCUGCCCGACGGUUUCCUGGAGUCGCUGGGACUGGAUGAAGGCGGACCCAAAAGCCCGGGCGGCCGAGAGUCGAGCCACACCAUGGGCUACCUCCACGUCACCUUGGGCUGGAUGCGCCAAUUGAGCUGGGAGACCCGCGCGCGUAUCGUCAUGGAGAAGACCCACUUCUGGCCGCGGCUGGUGGAGCCGCUCAGCUGGCUGCAGCCCGAUGGAAAAGACCCGGCCAAGGCGUGGCAGCACUGCUGGCUGGACUUUCUUGUGGCGCACCAGGACUGGCGGGGCCUGGCGGCCUGGGUGCGUUCCCUGCCGCUGGCGCUCACCGACUCGGUGGACGAGCACGGGAAGAGCCGCGUGGAGCUUCAAACGUUGGAGGAACGGGGCUUGCGGCGCUGCACCUCCUACGCGCGAGAGGUGCUCUUGCAGCAGCUGGGCCGGCGCGGGGUCUUCUGCUCUUCCGACGCCAAAACCUUCGAGGCGCUCUUGUGCCGGCUGACGCUCUGCGGCAAGCUCUUCGGGGAGGACGAGGAGCGGCGCUCCGCGGGUGGGUUGGAGGGAGGCGCCCUGCCGCUGGACCAAUUGCUGCCCAUGGGCCAGGUCAGCCCCUUCCACUGCUUCUUCAUCAACUUCUGCAUCGACAAUGAUUUGCCAGCAUUGCUCCUGCUGUACCUCCAGCGCUACGACUUGGCCACCAACAUGAGCGCCUUGAAGGAGCUGAAGAUUCAACAGUCGCAGCGCCCCUGGGCGCCACUGCUGCUGGUGGGCCGUUUGGGGAAUGACCACCUCUUCGCGGCGUCGCUGCACCAUGCGGCCUUCGUUUACCCCUCAGACAAACCUGCUGAUUGUAUCAGAGAGGAUGCUGAAGGUGUGCCUUUCCUCCCGCUCGCUGGCUUGGAAUCCAGGCCCAUCGCCUUUCUCGCAACGCUUAUGUUUGCGCCUGUCUCCUCCACCAUGGAGUUGCUGGACCUGCCUGAGGACUGCCCCUGGGCGGUGACCAAGCAGACCUUGCAGAAGGCCGUGGCGGGCUACCCGGCGCUCUGCGAAGCCUUCUUCCCCGAGGGCCUCAAAGAGGAGCCGGGGCCCGCGGCGAAGCGAUCCGCGGAGCGAUACAGCCGAAGUCUCUUCGAGGCGGUCGCGGGCGCCAACGCGGAGCGCCACCAGCAUCAGCGUGAAGUUCCUGAGGACAAGGACACAGCCAUCCCGGCGAAGCUGCACGACAGGAAUGAGACGCGGCACAUGGCGGUGCAUGAGAUGGCCACGUACAAAGGUGACAUCACGCUGUCCACGUUGCUCAGCGACGUGGCCGCUUUCGACGUGCAGGUCCUGGAGCAGCUCCCCAUCUUCCAAGAGGCCAAGACCGACGCCCUGGACCUUGCGUUGCUGGCAGCUCCGGAGGAGCACUUCCCGGACGAGUUGGAAGAGAGCUACUUCCUGGCACAGGGCAGGGCCAUGAUGGCAUACCACGUGCUGAUGACGAAGUGCAAGCAGCACCUGAAGCCGGGAGAGGAGCUCAAGUUUCCCCUGACCCUCACACCGGAGGACGCGCGGCGGCUGCGGAAGGCGGCCAAGUCUGUGGCGCUGCACAACCUGCUGAAUGAGGGGGUGGUCUCCAGCGCGGUGUGCCUCCUGGAGCUCUGCGGCCUGGAGACGGAGAAGCUCCGCGUGGACGUGGAGGCCGCGAAGCGGAUCUACGCCCACACGGUGGGCCGAGGGCCCAAAGAGGGCCGCGCCAGCGCGGCCUCGGUGAUCCAACUCUUCAUGAGCUUCCCCGACACCGAGGACGCCUCCGCCAGCGCGGCCGCGGAGGCGGCGAUCAUUUCCCCGCAUCUGCUGAAUGCCCUGCGCAUGCUCGAGGAGUCGACCUGGGCUUUGGAUCCACACCCUUCCGCACCCACAGCGUCCAUCCAGGCGCUGGGCUACGACUUGCCUUGGCACCUCGUGGCGCUCUUCUGCCGCGUGCACUCCUUGCCGAGGUCUCUCACCUUGCUGCACGAGCUUGCGCGCAACAAUGACUGGGUCAUGUUCCUCUACGAGAGCGACCUGCAGCAGUGCCCUGCGGACACCGUGCUGGACAUCGUGGGCGGCUACUUCACCGAGGUGCCGCUGCAGAGCCAUUUGCAGAUCCUGGCCAACUGCAUCGCUGCCCAGGAGGAGCCGGGGCGUGAAGAAGAGCGCGGAGAGCGCGCCAAGCGCAUGGCACGCACGCAGGAAGUGGAGGCUUCGGAUGCCAUGGGUUUCCUGCAACGGGGCUGCUCCGGCUGGGGUUUGCUGCAGCAGGCGCUGCGACGCGCGCAGCCGCGCCUGGCUGUGGUGGCGUCUGCCUUCCAGGACGUGAGCCUCUUGCAAUGCAUGGCGGUUUGGCUGACAGUCCAUGCAGAGAGAAGUGAGGAGGUCGCUUCCCAGCCGCCGGCGCCCAACCCUGCAGAGGUUGCUGCCCAGAUCGCCAGCCUCUGCCGCAAGCGCCACGCUUUCUCUCUUGUGCUGCGAGCUCUGAAGAUCUUCGAUCCGGAGAACCCGCUCAUCGACUUUGUGUGCUUCCAUCGCGCCUUUGUGCAGUGCCGCUUCAAGAGCUGCCGGGAGCAUCUGCGCCGCUUUGUGGGGCGCCGCCUCCAGAGCUCUGGCGAGUACAGCUUGCCCUUUGCGCCUCACGUGGAGCGUCUGAGCGAGGAUAUGGUUUUGUACCUACUGGACGGCUUCCCAAGAGCCCGAAUGAUGCUCCUCUCAGCGCUGGACGAGGCCAAGUUCUCCCCGCGCUUCUCACAGCUCUUCAGCGCCUUUAGGCUCAUCCAGCAGACGGGUCUGGACGUGGAUUUCCGGGUGCCGAGCACUGAGCUUUUGCAACUGCUGAUCUCCAAGAAGAUGUUCGCAGAAGCACGGGAGUGGGCCAAGCAGAGUGGAGUGGCAGGGGAUACCGUAGUCUUCGAGGAGGUGACCGGUAUGAUCGUCGAAUUCCGGCAGGGAGCGUGGUGGAAUGUGCUGGCAGAGCGAGUGCAGCUUUGGCACAAGU